AUGGGCGAACAUCCCGAACAUAUAUUAAUAACAGAAUUUUUGACUGGUUCAGAAUCGAAUGUGGAUAUAUUCGAAGAACAUAAUGUUAUUGCUGUGUCACCAAAUGAUCACAGAUGGUACAGAUUAAUCGAAAUACGUAAUGGUUUAAGAUGUAUGAUGGUAACAACAAAUGUAUAUGAUGAUGAGAGUGAAGAAGAAAGUGAAGAGGAUAAAAAAGAACUUCAGUCCGUUGAAGAUAAACUUCAAUUACCAGACAAUGAACAAAUGUUGGAUCAACAUCAAACGACUGUAAUUGUAUUUGAAAUUCAAAGUCAAAGAGUUGUUGAAACACUCGAUAUUCUAAUACAUUCAAUUAUUGAACCAUUAAUGAUUCCUGAACAAGUAGCAUUACAAUUACAAACAAUUCAUGAGGGAAAUAAGACAAGUUUAAAAGAAUUGAUAACGGGAAAUACGUAUUCUACUGAAUUAUUAAAAGAUUUUGUUAAAGAAAAAUAUUUAAUACCAGAAGGAAUGAAUGUGGUUAUGAUAUCAAGUGAAUCAUUUCGAGUUAUGCAACAACGUAUUGAACGUUUAUUUUGUUUAAUGAAACGAAGGAGAUUUGUCUAUAAUUUUUCGAGAUUAUGGACAACAUUGGUUGAGUUUGAUGUUGGCGAUUCACAAUUUUAUCACAAUUCAAGUGGUUCACUAUUUACAUUUAUUAUACAUUUAACUCGUCAAGGUCUCAAAAAUAUUCGAUUGAUACUUGAUUCGAUAUUUGAGGCAAUUAAUUUAGUAAAACGUUUGGGACCAUUGAAACGUGUUUAUGAUGAUAUGCAAUUGACUGAUCUUCAUGCAUUUUUGUUUCAAGAUAAAGAAGACAGUAUUGAAUAUGCUGAUACGAUUGCACGAAACUUACGAAAAUAUCCACCGUUGUUUGCACUCUUCGGACACAGUCUACAUCUUCAGUUUGAACCAGUUGACGUUAUAACAAAAACUGUUGUUACUGAUCGUUUCGUGUUAGAUCCCCGUCCAAAUCCCAAUUUAUCGAUACCAGAUUCAACUCAAUUUUUAGCGGUUGAUUUUUCAAUAAAGCAAAUGGAUAUUGAAAUGAAUGAUGUUCCAAUUAUACUCGCUGAAGAACAAUGGGGAACACUCUGGUACUAUCGUAAUAGUCAGCCAUUACCAAAAGCAUUUUUCAAUCUUCGUUUUCUAUCUCCCUACGUUGGACUGACACCACAACAUGCAUGUAUGUUUGAUUUAUAUAUAGUAAUGUUAAAUUCUUUAUUAUCAGCUCAUGCUUAUCCUGGAAAAGCAUCACAUAUAUCUAUGUUUUUGAUAUCAAGUGAUACGGGUAUUAGUAUGAAAAUAAGUGGAUUUAAUCAACAUUUACCAAAAUAUUUGGAAAAAGUUUUAAAAGUUGUUCGCGAUUUUCAAAUAUCUGAGGAAGGUGUUUUAUCAUGGAAACAAGAACUAAAAGUCGAAUAUUUUCAAGAAUUGACUAAUCCAAGAAAAUUAGCAAAACAUGUUCGAUUAUAUUUAAUGAAAGAUAUCUGGUGGCCGGUGUAUGAAAAAAUUCAGUUUUUGGACGAUAUUACCUUUAAACAAAUAGUAGAAUUUUCUAUAUUAUUUCGGACACAUUUAUCGCUCGAUAUGUUUGUCGCUGGAAAUAUGACUGGAGAAGAAUCAAAACAACUUUUUACAAUGGCACAAACUGUUUUUAAACUUGGUCCAGUGCCAAAAGUACUUAUUCCAUCUUUACGUGCUACUCAUUUACCGCCACAAGAAACUUUAGUGAAAGUGGAAAGUUUCUCUACCGAAGAUUGCACUACAUGUCUGCUACUAUUUCUGGAGCAUGGUAUUACAUCGAUAAAAGAUUAUGUUAUGUUAGAAAUUAUCAGUGAAACAAUUCAAGAACCAUUAGAAGUUUAUUUAAGUUCAGUUGUAAAGGGACCGCUUACAUGUCAAGUAACGUUACGUGAUACGUAUGGAAUAUUAUCGUUACAAAUUGAACUAACAUUUCCUGCUCAUAUGUACAAUGCAUUAGAUGUCUGUGAAUACGUUAAUCAAUUUUUUCUAUUAUUUAAAGAUUUGAUUAAUGAAACAACAAGUGUCGAAUUUGAACGAAUUAUCACCAUGUUUCGAACGGCAAAACAAAUGAUGGAAACAUCUUUACAAAGUGUUGUUGAUCGAUUUUGGACAGAAAUAUUAUUUCAAACAUAUGUUUUUGACAGAAUUCAUAAAGAGGUCACAUCAUCCAAAGUAGAGAAAGCACUUACCAUACUCACUUCUGGUAACCAAAUGCUGCGUUCUUCUCACGAAUUUCGUAAUCGUAUUCAAACACGUUCGUUAAUCAAUUUAUCAAAUUCACGUCUAAACCGCAUAUCAAAACGUAAACAUGAGAUAAAAAUUGAUGAAGAACGUACACUUAUUCAACAAUCAAAAUCUGAACCAAAAUUUCAUUGUCUAACAACAAAGCGAAAACAUGAAUAUCCGUUAAAAACAAAAUCGGAACCAUUGCAAUUGAAAAGAAUGAUAGAUGAUCUCAUUCAUGGACAAGGAACAGCAGCAAAAUUAGAAUAUAUUCUUAAAUCAUUUGAACACAUCGAAACAAGUGGAAGACAAAAUUCAGUUAAAACAAAACACUUAAAAAUUUUAACCAAACCCGAUUUUGUCAAAGAUAAUUAUUUUCAAAUUGAAGAUCUAAAAGAUUUUAAGGAGUCAUGUUUUUUAUUCAAUACUACAUCUCUUAAAUAA